UAGCGGUGUCUCCAGGGCUCAGAUCCUAUAACUAAACCCAUGUGGCCCCCGAUGGUUCCGCACCCUGUCCCUGGUCUAGGCCUCUAUGGUGUCUCCAUAACUCAUGCUAACGGUUGCUUGUUUUUUUUGCCGUCCAUAGAUGACUUCUCCGGUGAAGGUCUACUACAGCCAGACCACGCAGACAGACAGCCGGCCUCUCAUAGGCUCCACCCUGAGGAGACGUCGCGUGAUGACGAAGGACGGACGGAGCAACGUGCGAAUAGAACACAUCGCCGACAAGAGCUUCCUGUACCUCAAGGACCUGUGGACGACCUUCAUCGACAUGCAGUGGCGGUAUAAGCUGCUUCUCUUCUCAGCCACGUUUGCGGGAACCUGGUUUAUUUUCGGAGUCAUCUGGUACUUGGUGGCUUUAGUCCACGGAGAUCUCUUGGAAUUUAACGCCCCCGCCAACCACACGCCUUGUGUCAUGCAGGUGCACACACUGACCGGAGCCUUCCUCUUCUCUCUGGAGUCACAGACCACCAUUGGUUAUGGCUUCAGAUACAUCAGUGAGGAGUGCCCCUUGGCCAUCGUGCUUCUCAUCACUCAGCUCGUCCUCACAACAAUACUCGAAAUUUUCAUCACCGGAACCUUUUUGGCAAAAAUUGCUCGUCCAAAGAAAAGGGCUGAAACCAUCAAGUUCAGUCAGAACGCGGUGGUGGCCCAAUAUGAAGGCAAACUCUGUCUGAUGAUCCGCGUGGCCAACAUGCGCAGAAGUCUACUGAUCGGAUGCCAAGUGACUGGGAAGCUACUGCAGACGCAGGUCACCAAGGAGGGUGAGAAUGUCCAUCUCAACCAGACCAACGUGGACUUCCAGGUGGACACGGCCUCAGAUAGUCCUUUUCUCAUCCUACCUCUCACCUUCUAUCAUGUGGUGGACGAGUCAAGUCCACUGAAAGAUGUCGCCAUCCGCUCCGGAGAAGGGGAUUUUGAACUGGUGGUCAUUCUCAGUGGGACAGUGGAGCCCACAAGUGCCACGUGCCAGGUACGCACAUCUUACCUUCCUGAGGAGAUCCUCUGGGGUUACGAGUUCAGCCCAAUCAUUUCACUUUCUUCCAGUGGGAAAUACGUGGCAGAUUUCAGCCUCUUUGACCACGUUCUGAAGAUCUCUUCGCCAUGCUGCUUCCACGAGACUGUCCGCUUUGGAGACCCCGAGAAACUCAAACUGGAGGAAUCAUUCAGGGAUAAAUCUGAGAAGGAAGGAAGUCCCCUGAGUGUGCGCAUCAGUAAUGUCUGACACCAGAAGAGCCCGGGGCCCUUCUAUAGUAGACACUUGGUUACCAUGCGUAGCCUUUACAUUAAUACCUUCUAGGGACUGAUAGAAAACCCACCAGGUGAAUGUUUCUGAGGUACCAGACAAUGACAAGAAUGUGUCCCACAGUCCACGAGCUGGAGCAGACAUACAGAUAGUGGCAGGGGCCAA